GAGUGUCAAAGCCAGCCACAUUCUGAUCUCUGUGGAUGGGAAGGUCUACCUGUCUGGCUUACGCAGCAACCUCAGCAUGAUCAGCCAUGGGCAGCGGCAGCGUGCGGUCCACGAUUUCCCCAAGUACAGCAUCAAGGUUCUGCCUUGGCUCAGCCCAGAGGUCCUCCAGCAGAAUCUUCAGGGUUAUGAUGCCAAGUCUGACAUCUACAGCGUGGGCAUCACGGCCUGUGAACUGGCCAAUGGCCAUGUCCCCUUUAAGGAUAUGCCUGCCACUCAGAUGCUGUUGGAGAAACUGAAUGGCACAGUGCCCUGCCUGCUGGACACCAGCACCAUCCCUGCUGAGGAGCUGACCAUGAGCCCCUCAUGCUCAGUGGCCAAUCCUGGCCUGGGUGAGAGCUUGGCCACCAGCACCCCCCGGCCUUCCAACGGGGACUCACCUUUCCACCCUUACCACCGAACCUUCUCCCCCCACUUUCACCACUUUGUGGAGCAGUGCCUUCAGCGCAACCCUGAUGCAAGGCCCAGUGCCAGCACUCUCCUGAGCCACUCCUUCUUCAAGCAGAUCAAGCGACGUGCCUCAGAGGCUUUGCCUGAGUUACUUCGUCCUGUCACCCCCAUCACCAAUUUUGAGGGCAGCCAGUCUCAGGAUCAGAGUGGAAUCUUUGGCCUGGUGACAAACCUGGAAGAGCUGGAGGUGGAUGACUGGGAGUUCUAAGCCUCUGUAGACUGUGUUCUCCAGCCCUGGAGCUGGAGCUCUGUGGGGGCUCUGUGGGCCCUCUCCGAGGGCUGGCAUAUGCCCACCAUCCCUGGUGCAGACUGGGUAGAAAGGACAUUCUGCCAGCAGAGCUGGCUGGAGGGGCAUUCCUCCUGAAGAGACUUCUUUGCUGCUCCAUGGCUUUUGAGUCACAAGGGAAUUCCAGUCACGAGGGAUCAGGAGGGGUUGGAAAGUUCACAUGUCCUGUCCUACAAGCUCAGGGGACCUCCUCAGAAGAAAAUGCUGCUCUGGCCCUGAGGCUGAAGUCCAAGCCCAGGGUUUGACUCAUCGACCCAGGAAACUGUCACUUCCUUUUGUCACUGCUUGCUCUCCCGCCAGCCUAAUUCCAUUCUUUUCGUCUCCCAGAUCUUAAAAGGUCCACGAAGGGGCAAGUCAUAAGCAGCCUGCCUCCUUGCUCUCAGGCCUCUCCCUAAUAAUAAUAGGGUAUUUCUGUCUUUUAAGGACCAGGUUAAAGUUGAGGCAGGCCAUUGUUAUCCCUCUGAUCUCUGUAGCUCAUUUCCAUAGCGUAUUCCUUUCCCAACAAUCCAUCUUAACGCCUCCUACCAGCUAUCUUGGUGCCUCCUCCAAGGGCCAUACUGUCUUGCCUCGCCUGAGGGCUUAAGUAAGUCCUUAUGCUGUAUUAGUUUCAUUGUCAGAACAAAUUAAAAUU